AUGGGACAAGGCGAAGAUGUCAAGACCAGACCUGAUCCGGAGGUCGAAAUUCAGGAGAGAGGAGAAAUAUUCUUCUUCUACAGGCCAAAAGUAGAGAGAGAAGAAGCGCAUAGUCCGGAGGAUGUGCAAAGGCUGUAUAUAGUUCUGAGGGCGGAGUCCGGUGAAAGGCCCGUUGAAGAGAAGCAGGACCCUCAUUCUGGCAAGGAAGGUUCCAAGAAAAUCAACAAUGAUGAUAUUGGCUCUUCUACUCAAGGUGGUCAUGGAAGCCAGGAGGUGAACAUAGAGAAGCAACCUCUGCUGAGGUUCAUUGUGAUGGGGAAAAAAAGCCUUCCUGAUCCAGCCAAGAAGAGCCUCCCUUAUUGGGGCUAUGUAGAAUUAGUCACCACUGACAUAGAAGAUAUCAAGAAUGCGCUCAAAGGAGAGGAGUAUGAUACUGCAACAAGAGGUCACCGCCACAAGCCGGCUGCGAGAGCCCUAGGUGAGGGUGUCUACAGAAUUCUGAGGCACAACCCGAAAAAGAGAAUGCACACACAUUUGGUCUACAAGCUGGAACUCCCACCCGAGAACAAGGCGAAGAUGGAGCCCCAGGAUCUCAACAUCGAACGACAAGGCUCGUUUCUGAUCCAGAUAAAGAACCCGGAGCAGCCGGGGAGUCCCCGGUUCCGGGGUCUUCAGAACAAGCGCAGGGCCGCAUUCCCCGCCCAUCUCCAAGGCCAGUUUGGACAUCGCAGGUUCGCUGCCGCCGAUCCGCCGGAUUUCUUGAACUACGAAGGGUGCGAGUUCUUGCUCAUCGCGGCCUCGGAUGACAUAGAAGAGGAGUUGGGGCUUGAUCUGAAGGCAGAGGAGUGUGAUCAGGAGGAGAAGUCUUGUUCCGACUUGGUUCGGACUUUUGGUGAGAUUGGUUCGGCUAAACCCCUUUUCGAAGGGACUUGGGCAUGAUU